AUGGUCACCAUCGACUACGAAUCGUUUCCGCACAUCAUCGACCUCAUAUGGUCGCACCUCGACGUCGAGGGCCUUCUCGCUGUUCGCCACUCGUCCUCCUCGUGGCGCACCAGGGCCAACAAGAUUCUGCAACGUCACAUGACGCUUGAAGUGCUCUUUGGGAAGAAGGAGUUUGCGCUCAAACUCAGCCUCAAGCACGAAGAGGGUCAUGCUUCCACUACCGGCAGCUUGUCCCACGUCCGCCUCCCACAUUACUACGUGGACUACAGCAUGGCAGACAUCAAGGACGAAGAUCUAGGGCGUUUGCCAUCCGGAGUCGCCGGGGACAUCCUUUCUGGAGCCCUGCACAAUCUGGCAGUUCUCGACGUCAUCUAUCACGAGAACGACAUCGAAAAGUGGCUUCCCGAGAUGCUGAAGCUGUUCGGACCGGACACCGUGGUGUACUUCCUGAACAUGGGCAACAUGCUGCAGCUCGAAUUCAUGGAAGCGCCCGACACACUUGUGCUAAACCUCGACUGCGUUGGACCCAAAGCAAGCCCUCUUGAGCUCCAGUUCCAGCGCCUCCUCGACCCUGGGGACGUCGCUGGCACCGACAUCACGUUCAUCCUCGACCACGGAGCGCUCGAAGGCAACCGUCCCAAUGCAGUGUGGGUUGAGAACUUGGAGAUGACUCUUGCUCCUAUUUGGACGGUGGCGACAGUCACUUUGGUUGGGCUGGAACGCUUCUUCCGCAAGGCCUGGGUGUUCGACAUCUUCAAACAGGACUCUUACGCCACCGCAGCAAACACGUUCGCGUACAUGGGGGAGGUGUACAACCCCACCGCCGAAGCUGAUAUGCUGAAGAGGUUCGCCGUCGCUGUCAAGCACAAGGAGCUUAGGAAGUGUGGAGCAGUACGCCUUCUUACUCAUGAAGAGUAUGAGGCAGUGCUCGGCCACGAUAAGUACAUGAUCUACACUAGCUACGAGCAGCAGAGCCAGAUCUCUCCCGUGGAGCACCCCCAGUCUGGGUCAGCGUAG